GCGAUUUCCAAACUUUUUGUUUGUCCGGAUUUUUGUUUACAGCCGAAGUAAAUAAAUGUAAAGCAACGUUUAGCUGGCGUUGCUUGAUGCUGGCAGUAGCUACCCGUAUAAACAUUACAUUUCCUUUUUAGUUCACAGACGUGUUCACAGUAUAUUCGACACUAACUUCGGUACUACAGACGAUGAAAAUGUCUGGAGAAAGUGACAUAUUGACAUGGAGAGAUGGGUUCCGUAUUGUAGAUCUUGGGGAGCUAGCGAGGCAGAUGUAUUGCAAGCAUUGCAAAUCGCUUCUAGACCUGAACCAGACGGAGAAGGAGACCAAAAUGGGUCUGGCAAGUAUACUAACUGUCGUCUGUCAUUGUGGCUGCAACAAUGACAUUCAUACAGCCAAACAAAAAAAUACUGAAGGGACUUCCUUAGUCCACACGAUCAACAUUAGUGCAACAAUAAGUAUCAUGCGCUGCACAUUAACCUGUGAUAUAGUUCAUUUGUUUCUAACCAGCUUGGGAAUACCUCUACCGUCUGCAGAUAAACUUGGUAAAUAUUUUCCAUCUCUCUUAAGUUCACCUUUGGAUGCUGAUGAAAUAACACCUGACAACAGACAGCUUAAACCCUGCCAUAACGAAAGUUUGGGAGAAAGAGAGGCAAAAGAGACAUUGGCUCAAGAAGUGGAUCUUGAUCACAGCCAUCAGACCUGUUCUUCUGGUCAAGCACAUUCAAAGAAGUUAUCCUUGACAAUUGAACAAUCCAUUAAAUCACCAGUCUGUUUUAAGAGCACAAAGAGCACUGAUGUUCUGGUCUCUAACUUGGAUCUGCUAAAGAAUUUGAAAAAUGUGGAACCUGUUUCAAAUAGUAUGAUUUCCUGUUUAUUAAGCAGUGGUGAACAACAUAUAAAUUCUGUGCAGAAACAAGGGAGAGGAUCAUCCACAGAUGCCUCCUUACCUUCAUCCACCGGCAAGCACAAGAAAUUAUCCCCAGCACUUAAGCAGAGAGAAGGCUGGCCAAAGACCAAAACUACAAGAAAGGACCCUCCAAUUAAGCCACACAAAUGUGAGCAGUGUGAUGCUGCUUUCAAAGCUCCAAGCUCUCUUAAAGUACACAUGCGCAUUCAUACUGGUGAGAGACCUUACAUAUGCAAUGACUGUGGAGCAACUUUUGUGCAAGCAGGAGGCUUGAUGUCUCAUAGGCGCCGUCACACUGGAGAAAGACCAUACAUGUGUGAUGUUUGUGGUUUUACCUGCCUGCAGCCAGAUGGCCUGCGAAAACACGUUCGAAUUCAUACCGGAGAAAGACCAUUCAAGUGCGAGUCUUGUGGCGCUGCCUUCAAGCAGUCCAGUAACCUGAUUGUACACAAGCGUAUCCAUACAGGUGAGCGGCCAUUUGUUUGUGAACAGUGUGGAAAAUCUUUUGCCUGUGCUAGCACAUUAAUUGGUCAUGGCUACAGCCACAUCUCAGACAAGCAGUUCGCAUGUGAUUGGUGCAACAAGAGGUUCAAGAAAAUAAAGGACUUGAAGAUACACAAGAAGAAAACUUGCAGGGCAAAGAAGAAACUAUCAGACAACCUAGGAGGGAAUAGUUCAGUCAGCACUGAGCUCGGAGAAAGCAGUAGUAACAGACAGGAAGUGUGGGAAGAUGGAUGCCUACCAUACAUAUCAUUUUGCCUAUUGCCGAACCAGUUGAUUUCGGGGGCAUCAAACUUUCACACAUUGUACAUCUGUGAGCGUAAACAAGGGCUAAACUUACUAAAUCUUAUCACAAUGACUUGGAGGGAAGGCCACAGAAUUGUAGACAUGUGCGAACUGGCUCGGCAGAUGAACUGCACAGACUGCGGGUCACUGUUAGAUUUGAAUCGAACGAAAGGGGAGAGAAGAGCAGGGCUGGCAAGUGUACUGUACGUGGGCUGCCAGUGUGGUGUCAUGAAUCAAAUUCACACGAGCAAAAAGCAUUCUGCUAAAGGGAUGAGGACGGCUUAUCUCAUCAACAUUAACGCUACUAUCGGUGUGCAACGUUGCAAAUUGAUAACAGAGCAGGCAUGCAAGUUUUUGAGAGGAUUAGGCAUCCCAGCAACCAAAGAAAUAUUUGACACCUCUGUGAAAGAGACCAUAACACUAAAUUUAGACACUAAAUUUCCCCAUGUUAAAGAAACUUGCAGCACUGAUCAGCCUCAAUUAAGAUGUGAAAAUGAUCCAUGUUUUGAAAUUUACCAGGCUGGGACUCAAGAGGAUGCAGGUGUAUUAGAGUCUAAUAACAUCUUGCAUGAUCAUAGUUAUGGUGUGACUGCAAACACGCUAGUGCCAACAGUGAAGUCAGAAGAACACACAGAUGAGCUAACAAGUGUUAAAAAGUCUCAGGAGGCUUGGCGAUGUCGGGGACACAGUGGUAAAAGAGAUGUCAGAGAGGAGGAAGACCUUCCAGAUUUGGGUGAAACUAAUGUUCUAGAAACACAGAUUCCUUUUGAGAGAAAGAGGGAGGUAGAGAUACCAAAACCAGUAGAAUCUGAAAAAACAGAGCAUGUUAAUGUUCAAAGAGGCAUCAGUCAUACUGCACAUGACAACACUGAGCGCAGUGAAGAAAAAGAGAGGAAGACUGUCAAGUCAUCUACACCCAUGGAAUCUGAUGCUUAUUCCUUUGCCAUGCCAUUAUGUGUGAUUGAAACAACUGGGCAGCCCCACACAGAUACCAGAAACAACCCUUUCAUCCUUGAUGCAAACAAAAAAAAUCUUCCACCAUUUCCUCAAGCAAAUCACAGGAGGACUUGUGCCCAAAGGCGAGGCAUAAAAAUGUAUGUUGUAAAUGAUUUGUGUGCUCCCUUUAAAUGUGGGGAAUGUGGCGCUAGGUUUGCAUUGGCAAAAGCACUGACAAUACAUAAAAAGGUUCACUGUAACGGAUUCUCCAAUCUCAUCAUUAAAAGUGAUAGACAAGAGCAUUCCGUCAAAAAUGAUGAGACACAAAGGGAAGACGCUCAGAAAAGAGACGAUGAAACCAGCAAAGAGUCUGACAUAAAGUUUCAGGAAACAGCUGAGAAUAUCAACUGUCAUUCUAUUAAACAAACUGACUCCAGUCAGAAAGAGUCUUGCCCACCUGCUAAUGAUCCUUUCGUAGCAGGUGAGAUGCAGACAAGUGAGUCUGAAGCAAUGUGCGAUGUUUUCAAGUGUGCACAAAUCGAAGAUCAACCAGCAGAGAGUUGCGAGGACUGUUGUGCUGGAGAAAAAUGCAAAAAGUGCAGCGCUACCUUUAGCCUAUCUAGCACUUUAGAAAAACAUUUGAAAGCACACCUUGUUGAAAGACUUUUCCCUUGCCUGGAAUGCAGUGCUAAAUUCAGCAAGAAAAGAGCUUUAAAAAAUCAUAUGGCAAGGAUUCAUGCAAAGAGAAAGACAUUUUCUUGUCCAGAAUGCCUUGUUACCCUAAGCACAUCAAACAGUUUGAAGAAUCAUAUCAGGAUACACACAGGUGAAAAGCCCUUUCAGUGUGAAAUUUGUAAAAAGUUGUUCAGAGAAUGCAGUGCCUUAAGAAAACAUUAUAUGCGAACACAUAGUGGAACUUUGUCACAUGUUUGCCAAGAUUGUGGGAAGAGUUUUCCUUUUGUUUAUGAACUGAAUCAGCAUCGAAUUAUUCACACUGGCCAGAAAACCCACACCUGCCAAGAAUGCAAAGCUACUUUCACCUAUGCCAGAAGUUUAGCUCUGCACAUGAGAAUUCAUACAGAUGAGCGCUCCUUCUCAUGUGAAAUUUGUCAAAAAUCAUUCAGACAAUCAAGUCAUUUGAAAGCACACCUUAGGACGCAUAGCAAAGAAAGGUCAUUCCUCUGUGAAGAUUGUGGGAAGACAUUUGCAAGUAAAGAUUACUUAGUUGUUCAUUAUAGAACUCACACUGGAGAGAGACCCUAUAAAUGCCCUUCCUGUCCGGCAUCAUACAGUCAACGUGGAUGCCUUCACCAUCAUAUGAGAAUACAUACAGGUGAAAUGUUUUUGUGUGAUAUUUGUCAAAAGUCAUUCAGAAGUUUACAGUAUCUUAAAGAGCAUAAAAAUAUACACAGUGGGGAAAAAUUCCUUUGUCAGGAUUGUGGAAAAACUUUUUUUAGCAAAUUGCGAUUACAAACUCACCAAAAAAUCCAUGAAGGGUCAUCUGACAACAAAACGAAGAAGACAUUUUCUUGCGAAUUAUGCAGUACCACCUUCACGUUAGCGAGCAAUUUAUAUCGGCAUAAAAAGAUUCAUAUGGGCAUCAAACCCUAUUCUUGUGUUAUUUGCCACAAGCCAUUUCGUGAUCCAAGCUGUUUGAAGACUCAUAUGCGGGUACAUUCCAAAAAUUGACCUUUUCUAUUUAUAGAGAUAGAAGAUAUCUUGGACUUUCAUGCCAAAUUGCCUGUUUGGUUGCUGUUGAACAUCAGAUGUCUUUAAAGAAAAAAAGUACUUGUCAUAGUUAUGAAGUCCUUUCAUCCAUGACCCCCUUUUCCCUUUAUUUCAAUACAGUGAGGAUUGUCUGCCCUGGUUCAGCUCUUGUCUCGGACACACUAUUCUUUCUCUUUAUGGGGCAUCUGUUUACAGGGCUGACUGCCUUGCUGUGAGAUAGGCUUAGUUGCUGCCUCCGCAUAAAAUACCAAUACCCCCCUCUUCCCUCCCCCUUUAUUUGCUAUGUUUCUUUAUUUAUUGAUGUAAGAGUGUAUGACAAUAAAUGGGCUAGUACUUGUAUCACUCAUCCAUCAACAUCUGGUUUAUCAUCAUCUUUUUUUUUUCUUCCUGGUUUGUUGUUAGUGUUUUAUGUCAUGUCAAUAGCUUAAGCUAAAUGAAGCAAGAUCUGAACUUACAGUAUUAACUUUUUCAGUGACGAAUUUUACCAUCGCACCUCAAGACUGCCUCUUUUUCAUCCUGAUAUUGUGUAGAUUCUCCCAAAGGACUUAAUUGUUAAUAUAAGUCAUAUAAAUCAAUACAACAUUACAAUUGUACUGUUUAUUGUAAAGCAGCAGUCUUUUCUGUCUUUAUAGAAAGCUAGCUAAUUGCAGUUAUUAAAUAUCUUAGAAUGUAAAAUGUGUUUGCCUUCUUUAGUUCCUACAUUACACAUCAAAUGAAUUUUGCUUAUGUCCUUUCCUCAUCAUCCAUCGCUUGAAUUAUUUUUUAAUAUCUAACAUUUAUUUUCCAUUAACACAUUACAGGCCUAACACAUUACAUGCUUAAACAAUUCAUACAACUGCAAUAUAACAAACAUAUAUAACAAUACAACAAACAUGAGGUAUUGCAUGUCAAAAUAUAUGUAUAAAAGUCUAGUCACUGUUUAAAUUCUAGUCAACAAGUUGCAGAUAAUGUAGCCAUUGUUUUACAAUUUUUUCUUCUUUCAGUUCCAAGGAUGCAUUAAAAAUUUCAAGUUUAUAUCUAUGCUGCAGUAUCCUAAUGAAUGGUUGUAACUGGGGGUGUUUUUUUUUUUUAAUCUGCAGGAGUAUAUGCAUGAUUUAGCAACCAGUAAAAUUAUAUCCAGUACUGCAUCUGUCUUAAAGUUAUGACUGCUAUAACAAUAUUUUCUACCCCUAUCUGUUUAAUACAGACCUGGACAAGGGGCGGCCCUCGGGCCGCAUCCGGCCCGCCUGCCAGUAUGUAUACUAUAUAUAGUAUUGGGUAAAACUGAGUUAACUAUAUUAGUCCGGCCCUCUAAAACCAUCCCAAUUUCUCACGCGGCCCCUUGGGAAAAUUAAUUGCCCACCCCUGGUUUAAUACAUUCUUCCAACUGUGAGUAGAAUUUUGGGUCAUCCUUUAUUUGGUCCGUAUACACUACCAAUCAAAAGGUCUUUCUCAAAUAUUUUUAUCGCUGCCAUCACAUAAGUUCCUCCAUUAUCUCUGUAAAUUUUUUUAAUUGAGAAUUCAAACUUAUAAUUAAAUGUUAAGGUUUUAUUACCAAUGAAUAAAAAAUAUAAAAUUAUUGCUGUCUUGACACUCAUUUGUGUGACAUAAGGUGCAGUUACUUUUAAUAACAGUACAUUGUAUAACAAUUAAGCAUUCAAAGCUAAAUCUGAAAGACUGUCUUGAUUGAAGACUUAACCUGUUUGAGUUCUUUGAAUUUCUGGGUAUGUUGGAGCACUUUGCUGGCUAAAUAUUAAAAGGCUAAUAUAUUUA